UUUUGCGUCUGCGCUGUACAGGAGAGUUGGGAAGUGACAUCAUAGUGAGGAUUCUGUGUAUUCCGCUCCUCCGAUAGUUGCUACCUUGGAACGGGGCCUCCAUUUUCAAAUACCCAAGUGAAGCAGAGAGUUUCACGUGAAUACGGGGGAGCUCGUUCCCGGUUGAAUCACAGUAACUAAUCGUAUAAAAGAAGAGCCAUGUCUGAUUUUGUGGAAAGUGAAGCCGAGGAGUCUGAGGAAGAGUACAAUGAGGAUGGGGAUGUGGUGGCAAGAUCAAACAAAAAGUUUGUACAAGAGGAUGAUGAUGAAGAGGAGGAGGAGGAAAACCCUGACGAUCAGGAUGAGCAAGGGAAUUUGAAAGGCUUUAUCAAUGAUGAUGAUGAUGAGGAAGAGGAGGAGGAAGAGGAGGAGGAUCGAAGAGGAAGUGCAUCUGGAGGCUCAGAUAGUGAAGUGGAACGCAAAAGAAAGAAACCAUUUGAUGAUCGAUUGGAAGAUGAUGAUUUUGACCUCAUUGAGGAGAACUUGGGUGUUAAAGUCAAACGUCAAAAGUUCAGAAGAGUUCGAAAGAUGUCUGAUGAUGAGGAUGAGGAGGAAGAAGAUUUUGGCAAGGAGGAGCAUGAGAAAGAGGCAAUUGCUGAGGAGAUCUUCCAGGAUGGGGAGGAUGAGGAGGGGCAUGAGCGUGUUGAACAACCCAUUGCACACCCUGAGGAAGAGGAGGAAGAUGAUGAUGAAGAAUCAGACAUUGAUGAUUUUAUUGUUGAUGAUGAUGGUCAGCCGCUGAAGAAACCCAAAUGGAGAAAGAAAUUGCCUGGAUACACUGAUGCAGCCCUACAAGAAGCUCAAGAGAUCUUUGGAGUUGAUUUUGAUUAUGAUGAAUUUGAGAAAUACAAUGAGGAUGAUGAAGAGAUGGAGGAAUAUGAAUAUGAGGAUGAUGAGGCAGAGGGAGAGACACGUGUUAGACCGAAGAAAACAGCCAAAAAGCGAGUGAGCAGACGCAGUAUCUUUGAGAUUUAUGAACCCAGUGAACUGGAGAGCAGCCAUCUAACAGAUCAAGAUAAUGAGAUCCGAACCACAGAUCUUCCUGAGAGGUUUCAGCUUCGAGCAAUACCAAUUAAACCAGCUGAAGAUGACGAACUUGAGGAAGAAGCGGACUGGAUUUAUAGGAAUGCAUUUGCAAUGCCAACUAUAUCUUUGCAGGAAAGCUGUGAUUACCUUGAACGUGGGCAAGUUGGCAGUAGCUUCAGCAGGAAGGGGCCGAGCACUAUCCAAAAGAUUAGAGAAGCUUUGAACUUCAUGAGAAAUCAGCACUUUGAGGUUCCCUUUAUUGCAUUCUACAGAAAGGAGUAUGUGGAACCAGAGCUAAACAUUAAUGACUUGUGGCGUGUGUGGCAGUGGGAUGAAAAGUGGACCCAACUUAAGAUGCGGAAGACCAAUUUGAUGCGACUUUUUGAAAAAAUGCAAGCUUACCAAUAUGAGCAGAUCUCUGCAGAUCCUGAUAAACCAUUGGCAGAUGGGAUUAGAACAUUGGAUAUUACAGACAUGGAAAGGCUCAAAGACGUCAAAUCAAUGGAAGAGCUAAGAGAUGUAUACAACCACUUCUUGUUGUAUUAUGGCAGAGACAUUCCCAAGAUGCAGAAUGCAGCAAAAAACAUUAAGAAGCAAAAACAAAUCCAGGAAGAGGGAGAGGAGGAAGGGGCAGAGGUUGCAGAGCAAGAGGAACAACAAAAGGGUCCAGAGUUAAAACAGGCUUCACGUAGGGAUAUGUAUGCAAUCUGUCAGAGUGCUGGUUUAGAUGGACUGGCAAAGAAAUUUGGAUUGACACCAGAGCAGUUUGGUGAGAACUUAAGAGACAGUUACCAGAGGCAUGAGACUGAGCAGUUUCCAGCAGAACCUCUUGAGCUUGCCAAAGAUUAUGUGUGCAGUCAGUUUAGUACUCCAGAAGUAGUGCUGGAGGGAGCGCGUUACAUGGUUGCGCUGCAGAUUGCCAGGGAGCCCCUUGUCAGGCAAGUUCUGAGGCAAACCUUUCAAGAGCGUGGCAAGAUUAACAUCAUCCCAACAAAAAAGGGUAAAAAGGAAAUUGAUGAAGCCCAUUAUGCGUAUGCUUUCAAGUAUUUGAAGAAUAAACUAGUUAAAGAGCUGCGUGAUGAACAGUUUCUCAAGAUGAACAUUGCAGAGGAGGAAGGACUAAUAACCGUGGAGAUCUGCAUUGAUCUGAAAGAUGUUGAGGGUUUUGGUACAGAUCAAUCCUAUUUUGAAGAAAUCAAGCAGUUUUAUUACAGAGAUGAGUUCAGUCACCAGGUACAAGAGUGGAACAGGCAGCGAACACUGGCAAUUGAACGUGCCUUGAAACAAUUUUUGUACCCUCAAAUGGGAAAGGAACUAAGAAGCAAACUCAUUUCUGAGGCUAAAGACUUUGUAAUCAAGUGUUGUAGUAGAAAACUCUACAACUGGCUGAAAGUAUCACCAUACCGCCCUGACCAGCAGGUGGAGGAAGAUGAUGAUUUCAUGGACGACAACCAGGGCAAGGGAAUCCGUGUGCUGGGCGUGGCAUUUUCCUCUGCCAGGGAUCACCCAGUGUUCUGUUCUCUAAUUAAUGGUGAAGGCGAGGUUACAGACUUUCUGCGUUUGCCUUAUUUCACCAAGAGGAGGAAUGCCUGGCGAGAAGAAGAGAGGGAGCGUAAGGUUAAGGACAUGGAAACACUAAAGAAAUUUUUAAUCAGCAAGAAGCCUCAUGUUGUUGCAAUUUCAAGCGAAAAUAGGGAUGCUCAGAUGAUGGUGGAAGAUGUGAAGCGAAUAGUGCAUGAGCUUGAACAAGGUCAGCAGAUGUCCACCAUUGGAGUAGAGAUGGUUGAUAAUGAACUCUCUGUAUUGUACAUGAACAGCAAAAAAUCAGAGACUGAUUUCCGUGAUUACCCACCAAUUCUUCGUCAGGCUGUUUCCAUUGCUCGACGCAUCCAGGAUCCCUUGAUUGAAUUCUCCCAGGUUUGCAGCUCUGAUGACGAUAUCCUGUGCCUGAAAUUGCACCCUUUACAGGAAAAUGUUGUGAAAGAGGAGCUGCUGAACUCCCUGUAUUGUGAGUUUAUCAACAGAGUAAAUGAGGUUGGAGUGGAUGUCAAUAGGGCCAUUGCUCAUCCUUAUACACAGUCCCUCAUUCAAUACGUCUGUGGACUUGGCCCACGUAAGGGUACUCAUCUGUUAAAGAUUCUAAAGCAGAAUAACACGCGCUUGGAAAAUCGAACUCAGCUAGUUACCAUGUGUCAUAUGGGGCCCAAAGUAUUUAUUAACUGUGCUGGUUUUAUUAAGAUAGACACCAACUCUCUUGGUGAUAGCACAGACUCUUAUAUUGAAGUCUUGGAUGGCUCUCGAGUACAUCCAGAGACGUACGAGUGGGCACGCAAAAUGGCUGUUGAUGCUUUAGAGUAUGAUGAAUCUGCAGAAGAUGCCAACCCUGCUGGAGCACUUGAGGAGAUAUUAGAAAACCCAGAAAGACUGAAGGACUUGGAUCUGGAUGCUUUUGCAGAGGAACUUGAGAGACAGGGAUAUGGAGAUAAACAUAUUACAUUGUAUGAUAUUCGAGCUGAGCUAAGCUGCAGAUAUAAAGACCUCAGAACACCUUAUCGGUCAGCUAACCCAGAAGAGGUCUUUAAUAUGUUAACUAGGGAAACACCUGAAACCUUCUAUAUUGGCAAGCUGAUUACCUGUAAUGUAAUUGGAAUUGCACACAGACGACCGCAAGGUGAAAGCUACGACCAGGCAAUAAGAAAUGAUGAGACAGGACUAUGGCAGUGUCCAUUUUGCCAGCAGGAUAACUUCCCAGAGCUCAGUGAGGUAUGGAAUCAUUUUACAGCGGGUUCUUGUCCUGGACAAGCUAUUGGUGUGAAAACCAGGCUGGAUAAUAGCGUAACUGGCUUUAUACCGACCAAGUUCAUUAGUGACAAAGUGGUAAAACGUCCUGAAGAGAGAGUUAAGGUGGGGAUGACUGUGCAUUGUCGAAUAAUGAAGAUCAAUAUUGAGAAAUUUAGUGUUGACAUGACGUGUCGAACAUCAGACUUAAUGGACAAGAAUAAUGAGUGGAAACUUCCCAAAGACAAUUACUAUGACUUUGAUGCAGAAUCUGCUGAUCACAAGCAAGAGGAGGAACUGAAAAAGAGCAACACUUACAUAAAGAGAGUUAUUGCACAUCCAUCCUUCCACAACAUUAACUUUAAGCAAGCAGAGAAGAUGAUGGAGACAAUGGACCAGGGGGAUGUUAUUAUCCGGCCAAGUAGCAAGGGAGAAAACCACCUAACUGUAACUUGGAAAGUCAGUGAAGGAAUCUAUCAGCAUGUGGAUGUAAGGGAGGAAGGCAAGGAGAAUGCCUUCAGUCUAGGGUCAACCCUAUGGAUUAAUAAUGAGGAAUUUGAGGAUCUAGACGAAAUUAUUGCUCGUUUUGUACAACCUAUGGCUUCAUUUGCAAGGGACCUUAUAAACCAUAAGUAUUAUCAGGACUGUAAUUGUGGUGAUAAAAAGAAAUUAGAGGAACUAUUAAUUAAAACGAAGAAAGAAAAGCCAACAUUCAUUCCAUAUUAUAUGUCCGCUUGCAAAGAGCUUCCUGGAAAAUUUAUAUUAGGGUAUCAGCCAAGAGCAAAACCAAGGUUUGAGUAUUUGACAGUAACACCUGAAGGCUUCCGAUACAGAGGGCAAAUCUUUCCUACUGUAAAUGGACUUUUCAGAUGGUUUAAGGACCAUUACCAGGACCCUGUACCAGGUAUCACACCAAGUAGCAGCAGCAGGACUCGAACUCCGGCCUCCAUGAGUGCCACUCCUUCCAAUAUCAAUCUUGCAGAUCUGACCAGAGCUGUGAAUGCUCUUCCACAGAAUAUGACCUCUCAAAUGUUUAAUGCUAUUGCUGCGGUAACUGGGCAACAUGGGCAAAACCCUAAUGCCACACCUGCCCAGUGGGCAUCCAGCCAGUAUGGUUUUGGUGGAGGCAGUGGAGGAGGCGGUAGUGCAUAUCAUGUUUUUACAACCCCUGCACAGCAGCCAGUGGCCACCCCUCUAAUGACACCAAGCUAUUCCUACACAACCCCCAGCCAGCCAAUAACUACUCCACAGUACCAUCAGCUGCCUCCUAGUGCCACACCUACUCCAGCACCAACUCCUCAAUCAACCCAUUCACAGAGCUCCUCUAGUUCCAGCUCUAGGCACAGACAGCAGUCCAAGACUACCAGCCAUACUGCUAUUGACUGGGGCAAGAUGGCAGAACAGUGGCUUCAGGAGAAAGAGGCAGAAAGGAGGAAACAAAAGCAACGGUUAACUCCCCGCCCUUCCCCGAGCCCCAUGAUUGAGAGCACCCCAAUGUCAGUUGCUGGGGAUGCCACUCCCUUGCUGGAUGAAAUGGACCGAUAAAAACAGUGGGGACACAGGAAUCAAACUUUCAAAGGGCAGAUUGAACUAUUACUCCCAAUUUUAUUUUUGCAGAUUGUAUAAUAUGGUUCUCCAGCUCACAGUUAAAACUGGUAACAUUUGAAAGGGCCAAAAUGUGAAGUCAAUAUUUACUGAAUUGCAAGAGAACCUUUUUUUCUCUCUCACCAAGACUCAACGUAUGAAUUUGUUAUUAUAAUCUUUCACUUGCAAGAAAAAUUAUGAAACAUUGCAUUGUGGGAGGGGAAACCGCCGACAUGUUUCUCAAACUGUUUUUAUGACUUACGUUUUAAACAUAUGCUGAGUUUCACCUCCUUAAUUUUAAGCAUUGCAUAUUCUGCCAAAGAAUGCAAAAUAGUGAAAUCUGAAGCAAAGAUCUCACUUUACUGAAUGUGAUGUUCUAGAUUAUUGGGUAUGCUGGAGCUGGUCCAUGAUUCUUGGAGAAAUGGGUUGAAAUGAGACUUAUUAAACACAUACUGUCAGAUGUUCUGACGUUUAUUUAUGGUCAACAAGCUUUGCGUUGGUAUUUUAUUCUUUAGAGGGCAUGUACUGCUGCGCUCCAUUUAAUGCACUCUUGUUAAAUUGGCAUAAUGCAGGAAUCAAACCUGUGUCUAAUUCUUAUACAUGGGGCUGUUUUGGAAACAUUAUCUUUGUUCCCACAUAUUUUUAUUGUGCUGUAAAAACAAUUCCUGCUGCGUCUUUGCUAGACUUAUGCACAACUAUUUGUGACAUUCAGUAUUUUGUAUGGUGAUUUUUUUUUAUUCUUAAAAAGGCAGUGUAGAGUUUUCUGGAAUAUUAUAUGGCACACCUUUUUUUUUUUUUUUUUUUUUUUUUUUUCCUUCCAAUUUUGGCAAAUAAAUAGUCUGGUUCCUGAAAUCUAAUAGUUGUGCAGUUUUUCCAUUUAUAGAAACAAAAUUUGUUUUUAAAAUAAAAAUAAAUCUGCUUUAUAGUUCUUUUAAUUUUUUUUUGUUAAUACCGACCACCGUCUGUGCUGACAGAAAACUUGCUUACCAGGGUCACUCUCUUGCCCCCUUAAAGGGACAGUAUACACUCAUUGUCAUAUAACUGCAUGUAAUAAACACUACUAUAAAGAAUAAGAUGCACUGAUACUGAUAUAAAAAUACAGUAUAAAACUGUUUAAAAACGUACUUGGAAGCUCUCAGCUUAGCUCUGUCGAAAAGGUAGUUGGAAAGCCCACUGCAAGUGUUAAAUAAGACAAUUCCCCCCCCCCCCUUUUUCAUAUGAAAAGACCCUUUACAAAAACAGGAAGCUGGAGAAGGUAGCUGACGGUAUUCUCAUAAAACUUUGGGGCUUGGUUAGGAGUCUGAAAAUCAGAGCAAUAUUAUUUAAAAAUAAGCAAAACUAUGCAUUAAAAAAAAAAAAAAUUAUGGGCUUUAUAAAUAGAUCUACAAAACAUUUAUGCAAAGAAAAAAUGAGUGUAUAAUGUCCCUUUAAAUGCAGAUAACCCUAUUAGAGGCUACAGUUGGACCCCCUGCAGCAGUGAAUUUGCAGAUUCACUUAAAUCAUUUUGUUGUAGCAGCAUUUGGUUGAUAAUUUUUCUCUGUUCCAGCAUUAAGCAGUUGCUAAACAUGCAGAGCAGGAAGUGAUUGCUCAAAAAAUAAACCACUCUAGGGAUUUUGUGCUAAAAUGUACCCUUUUUUAUAAUUUUAUAUUUUAUUGCUACAUAGUUGACUGGCCUAUUCAGUUGUCAUAACUUUAUAGGUCUCCAACACAAGGACAUUCAGUUUUUGAAAUGUGCAUACACAUUGCUGCUCCAGGUAGCAGGUGUGCAAGUAAACUAAGAGUGGACAACAUUCCUCUACAACUGGAAUAGACAUCUCAAGUCCCCAGUGUAGUCAGGAUUUCUGUGCUUGGUCACAGUCCGAUCAAUUAAACUGAUUGCCACUGUUCAGCAAUCAGCAUGUGCAAGCAGAUAUAGUAGCAAAAGCUGGCAUGGUAACAGCACUUGAAAAUGUAUUUAGCCUAUCCUUGCUUUAGGAUUUUUUUUUUCUGAUAGGCUAUUGUGAUUUCACAAAAAAAGCAUUUUCCUAAAUUAAAAAUUACAGUUAAGCAGAAAAUAAAAUGUUUAACUGGACCCCCAUGUAAAAUGUCUAGAGUUUUUGUAUAAAAAUCUAAUAAAUAUUUAAAAAAUAUAUAUAAA